CACAAUGACAGUCAUCACACCAUUUGUCGUGUUUAUUGCAGCUAUCGUCCUUUGGCAAAUACCAGGAGAUGAAUGUGAAGAGAUCAUCGGUGGUAAGGAAGCUAAACGGCAUUCCUGGCCCUCCCUGGCUCUGAUCCAAGUGGACCAUAAGCAGUGUGGAGGGGUUCUGAUCAAGGAACAGUGGGUCCUGACUGCAGCUCACUGUAAAGGGACAGACAUGAAAGUGACUCUUGGGGCACACUCCGUUUCCAAGAAGGAGAAAGAGAAACAGCGGUUCACAGUCUCACAGGCAUUUCCUUAUGAAAAAUUCAACAACAAAACAUUCAAAAAUGACAUCAUGCUUCUGAAGCUGAAAGUGCCAGUGAAGACCAACCAGUACAUCAAAACAUUAGCACUACCAGCUGAAGGGAAAGACAUCAAAGUGAAGACCACCUGCAGAACUGCUGGCUGGGGUAUCACUAACAUGAAGAACAAGAAGGGCUCAGACAAACUGAUGGAGGUGGACAUCAGUGUUGUUAGCAGAAAACAGUGCCAGACAUAUUACAAGAAAACAGUUAUUACCAAUAGCAUGCUGUGUGCAUGGGAUAAGGAUGGGAAGAAAGACACCUCCCAGGGUGACUCUGGUGGGCCACUGUUAUGCAAUGGAAAGUACGCUGCCAUCACCUCAUUUGGUUCAAAAUCUGGCGAGGCACCCGGUGUUUACACCUUGUUGACAACAAAAUUCAUCAAAUGGAUUCACAAAGUCACUGGAGGAGCAGAGUAGGUGUCUGUGCAGUGGGCCAAAUAUGGAUGCACUUUUAUUUACAAAGCCCACUUACACAUUUGGGAUUCAGUAAAACUCUCAAAGCAGAAUACAGGUUCA